ACAUGUUGCGAUUUGUCAAAAGUAUUUGUGCUGUUUGUUAUCAUUUUAAGUUUAUUUGGACUAUGAACUUUCUUUUGGAUUAGAAUAAAUUAAGUUCACAAAAUUGAGAAAAUUAGUCUUAAAAAUGUCUCAACCACAUCGGAGGGCAGUCCUGAAUCUUUAUAAAACGCUGUUAUAUUUGGGUCGCGAGUGGCCUCAAGGUUACGACCUAUUCCGUAAAAGACUGCACAAAGUUUUUACCAAGAAUAGUGGAGAAGAAAACCCAGAAAAAGUCAAGAUUAUGGUGAAACACGGAGAGUUUGUUGUUAAAGAAAUUGAAGCACUUUACAAACUAAAGAAGUACAGGGCUAUGAAGAAACGGUACUAUGAUGAAAACUGAGGUGGUGAGUUGUUAUGUUUGUAUAUAAGAUUAAAAGAGAUUUAUAUGAAAGUUAGUUGAUAUGAAUAUAAAUAUGUGUUAUAUAAGCAACGAAAUAUAGUGUAAACCUUAAUCAUAUGAUACCUGUAUAUUAGUUACAUUAAAUGAAAUAUGUAAAUGUCUUAAGUACCUAAAUAGUUUACCCAUAUGGUUGUUCAACGCAGUUAGGGGUGCAAAAGAAAACCAGAAAUCUAUGUAAUUAUGUAUUAUAGACAUUUUUAUAGUUUACAUAAUUCAUUACUAUUAUAAACUCUAGUAAAAAUUAAAUUGUGUAUUAAUAAAAUAAAAUAUCUAAUACUUCUAAACAAAAUGUUAAUAAAUCUUUAACAUAAUAAUGAGAA